AUGGAGUCGAAGGACUCAAAGGACUUCAAUGCCUUGCGCGAGGCAGUUCAAUCGGCGCUAGUCACGGUCACAAGGUCGGUCAACGCGCUCGCGAACGAGGACAUCCAGUUCCAGAGAACCGCUCAUCCUACCGUUGCCGCCAAGCUCGACAAGAACACCGAUUGCCUGUUGCGCCUGGCCAACGGUGUUAUCAAAUCAGCUGCCAAGCUUACUGGCCAGAGAACAACUACCUUGGAGGAUGUGGACGACAUUGAGAUUCAAUGGAAGGGCGUGGUCGAUGUCAUCGACUCCCUCCUCGAGAAGGCGGAUACCUGCUUGGAUGAGUACACGGGCUUGAUCAAAAGGAAGGAUGCGCCUACAACGGAAGCGGGUCGGGAUGUUAAGCGAUCGAAGUCGAACUACGAACGUCUUGAUUGGUCGCUCAAGCGCGCCAACAUACUUAAGCCGCAAAAUGCGUUCGAGAAAAAGGUCGACAACUUCCCAACGGGGCCUUGGAAGCCUCUCCUGACCACAAAGCCUCAUGCGCAGCUCCCUCUGGAGAGCAGCUUAACCACAUUUACUACCGAGGAAGGCCUCACCCAGUACAAGCAUCCUUACGAGUACGAGAUCACGAACUUGAAAUAUCCGCCCGAAGUCUUCCAGUGUCGCGAACCGAUCAAGUAUCAGCCCAUUGAGACCACGACGGCUAUUUGGGUGGAUACUUGGGAGGGUGUGCUGGAGAUGUUGGAGGAACUAAAGAAGGCAACCGAGAUCGCCAUCGACCUGGAGCACCAUGACUUCAGGUCUUACAAUGGGCUUUUAUCGCUGAUGCAAAUCAGCACAAGAGAGAAGGAUUGGAUUGUCGACACUUUGGUUCCGUGGAGACACAAGCUCGAGAUCCUCAACGAGGUCUUUGCCGAUCCGAAGAUCGUCAAGGUCCUUCAUGGUGCUUUCAUGGAUAUCAUCUGGCUCCAGCGUGACCUUGGCUUAUACAUUGUUGGGCUUUUCGACACAUACUAUGCUAGUGACGUCCUCGGUUACCCGGGAAAGAGUCUGGCAUAUCUUCUUAAGAGGUUUGCGGACUUCGAUGCUGAUAAGAAGUAUCAGCUUGCGGACUGGCGGAUCCGGCCUCUCCCUGAGGAGAUGUUCUACUACGCGCGCUCGGACACGCAUUUCCUCCUUUACAUUUACGACCACCUCCGCAACGAGCUGGCCGAACUGUCAGCGGCGAAUCACCCGGACGGCAAGCCCAUCGACCGCGUCAUCAAGCGCUCCAAAGAAGAGUCGCUGCAGCGGUACGAGCACCUGACCUGCGAUCCCGAGACAGGCAUUGGCGCGCGCGGCUGGUUCAACACCCUAUGCAAGUCGCCAGCUGCCUACAACAGGGAGCAAUUCGCGGUCUACAAGGCCGUUCACAAAUGGCGCGAUGACCUGGCGCGCCGCGAGGACGAGAGCCCGCAGUAUUUCAUGACCCAGCAGAUCCUCGCCGACAUUGCGCGCAUCCUUCCUAGUGACAAGAAGGCGCUGUGGAGUCUGCUUAACCACAACGCCGGCGUCCUCAAGCCCUACCUAGAUGAACUGUUUGAUCUCAUCCAGGAGGCCCGCAACAAAGGCUGUACUGGCCCGACUAUGCUGGAAUUCUUUAAGCAAUUUACCACCGGUCCGGCCAUCCUCGGCAAGAAGCUGCCCAGCCUUCGUAACCCCCCGAGCGAGACUCCGCUGCCCAACGCCCAAGAGCUGAAGAGCACGCGAUCACAACUCUGGGGUGACGUCCAGCUUAGCUCGGUCUGGGAUCCUGCCACCAAGAAGCCCAACAUGGAAGGAGUGGUUGUCAUUCCGCUGUUCUACGUUGACUUCAGUGCCGAACAAGCCCAACCGGAGCCAGCAAAGUCGCAGAAGCGCGAGAAGAAGGCCGAGUCCGACGAAGAGGAGGAUGAGGGCUUCACCCUCAAGAAGGGCACAGGCCGCAAGCGCAAGGUCAGCGAUGCUGGCCUCGAGCAGCAACAACAACAAGAGGAUUCAGCGGCUGCCUCAACAUUCGCUUCAGUCCCAGCCUCCGCCUCCGAUAGUGAUGCUGAAGCAGGUGAGUCCGAGGACGAAGAAGAAGAGGAUGGCGAGAUUGCCGAACAGAACGCCUCGCAACAACAACUAUUAGAUGAAAAGGCCCUCCGUAAGGUAGCGCGCAAAGCGCACAAAGAAGCCAAGCGUCUCGCCGCCGAGGCCGCCGCUACCGACACCCCCGAGGCACGUGCCGCAGCUGAAGCCGCCCUGAAGGAGGCCAAGCGGGCACGCAGGGCAGCUAAGAAAGCUGCGCGUCAGGCGAAACAGGCUCAGGGCCAAGGCCCGGUACAGCAGAGUAACAAGAAGGCUAAGAAAGAGGAGGAAGAGGAAGAGGAAACACCGUUUGAUUACACCAAGGCUGCGUCCGUGCUGUACGCAAAUAAACCCCCCGGCGAGGAGGAUGCCCCGGCACAGAAUGGCGGGAAGGGUGGCAAGAAGUUCGACCCGUAUACGCAACGGCAACUGGGCGGGGAGGAGCUUCGGCCGGAAAAGAACCUCAAUUACGCGAAAAAGGGCCGGACGGCUACUUUCAAGAAGUAA